UAACUGUCAGGGAAGACCAAGCCUUCACCACCUAGGCCAGCUCCAUGCUGCCUGAAGCUGCCUGCAUGGCUGCCCAAAGACUUCGUGGUCCCAUCUACCUCUUCCUGCUCACCUCCUUCUUGGUGGGGGGGUCUAAAUCCCCCUGCGAGCGGCAGCAGCGACUCCGGAAGCCUGUCUUGGAGUCCCUGCGGUUGGAGGCCUACUGGGUGCCACUGAUGAUCAUCCUCGGUGGCUGCUGUGCCAUGGCUUGGAGCAUCCUCUUCAUUGCCUAUGACGUGGCCAGGCCGGGGGGAUAUGGGCUACCCCAGAUCCCUGGCACCCCGGAAGGGGAACAGAAGGAGGGAGGCCCCAAGCAGGUGCCCGCAAAGGAGACAAAGGAGGACAGUAAUCUGCUAGAAAGUAAAAAAUCAAAAGAAUUGCUUGGGACUUCACUAGAGACAAAGGGAUCUAGAGAAGAAAUUGAAUUGGAUCGAACAGGAUCUCGAGAAGCUGUUGGGAAUCCCCAGCAAAGUGAAGAAAGCAAAGGAGCCAAGGAGGGAAUUGAAAAUCCACUGGAAUUCAAAGUAUCCCAAGAGGGGAUUGAGAACCAGCUGGAAAGUAGGGGAUCCCAAGAGGGGAUCUGCUCACCUUUCUUGCAGGGGAAAAAUGAUCCCGCCUCCUUUAGAUCUAACCAGGUGGAAGACCAGCCAUGUGGAAAGCUCUGGAGUACUAUGGAGAAGGAGCUGGAAAGGCUGCUGCAGUUGCUGCGAUUCUGCCGGUCCUCUGGGCCUGAUCUCCUGGCCGAAGGGUCCCUGGGCCCUGUAAUUGAGGAGGCCAUGCCCCCUCCAGCCACUGAGACCCCCAACCCUGCAGAGGCAGAUUCAGGCACACGAGCCACCAUCCAGGUACAAGAGCCACUCAUCCAGGCACAAGAGCCACCCAUCCAGGCACAAGAGCCACCAACCAUUCCAGCCGAGGAGACCCUGAGGCCACCUAGCUCUGGGCAGAGUCCAGCUACGAUGCAUUUCAUCAUCUGUGGGCUUCCCAGCUGCACCUGUACAAAUACGGGCCAAAGAAGGCAGGGUGGGAGCAGAGGGCGCAAAUAAAGUCUAUGCAUGCUCAGAA